UGCUUUCCAUGGGCCAAGCAGAUAGGCUUAUCGCUUCAAUCCAAUCGCGAGACCCGGACCGGAUAUAAUGAACACGGAAUUAACCUGUUCACUGAAAAGUCAGAUCAGCAUCUCCUUUCCGAUCUCUUCCCGGAAGAAGCUGGCUCGAAUACAAACACAGUGAAAAUCUAGUUUUCUUCGUUGCAUGACGAGCGCUUCGGAGCUAUUCUACAACAGGAGGACUCGUCUGGGUCGGGGCAGCUCCGAAUUAGAUUCUGCCUUCGACCGCAUAUGUCUUCAUAACCAGGUCAGUAGUCACCGUCACAACCGCCGCGAGCGUAGCAGCAACGGAACUCGCCGAGCUGGUAGACUCGAUUUGGUCGACCAUGAUCCUCUUCCCCGGUCUAGAAUUCCACUCCGUCGUUCCUCUGUUCAGGAGCAUGUACCAGCUGGCAUUGAAUCUCUGACCGGUCUAGCUUCUCCUGGAACUGCUAGCACCUUAGAAAAUGAAAUCAGUAUACACAAUAGUUUUAUAACUAAUAGGAAUGGUGGGCUUCCUGGACCUGUCCUACUUGCAAGGGAAAGGCUUCUUCAAAGGUUAAGAGGCGUUUCUCUAUCUGGAAACAGGUGCAAUAGUAACACGGUGUCAACAAACAGCCAUAGUAGAAACUUGACAAUAGAAGAUGACUUCAGACUUGCCGGUGAAAGGGACCAGGUAGCAAGAACAGGCAUAGCCACCGACCUAAUCCAGAUAGGCAAGAUCAAGAGACCGCCAGGGCUGACCCAGGAGUCAAUGGAAUCUCUGCGAGUUGAAAUUUUCAACUUGGAUGACAGUGUUCUUCCAGACUGUAGCAUUUGUUUGGAGACUUUCUUGGAUGGAGAGGAGCUGUUUCAUUUGCCGUGUGGGCAUAGAUUCCAUAAUGGCUGCUUGAUUCCCUGGGUCCGGACUUGUGGUGACUGCCCGUACUGUAGAACAGGUAUAUUAAAAAGGGGUUAAUCACGUCUGCCUCCUGAGGUUUGAUUAGAGACUACCAAAUGACCCUCAAGGUUUUUGAACAUUAAAGAUUUUAUCACAUUGUUAGAGAACAUAUAAAUUCCUCAAUGUUUGGAACAAUUAAACACUACAUUUUAAAGUUUGAACAAAUAUACCUUCCAUGCCUCCACUAUUUGGACAGAAGGGCAUAGUUGUUCUAAUUUUAGAAUUUUGUGUUUCACUUUCCCAAAACAAAAUUGAAGGGUAUACUUCCUCAAUCUCAAGACACAUAACUCUACACAACUCUUUUUAAACCCGGCAAGCCAAACAGUCCCGCUAUAUCUAACUCAACAGAGAUGGUGAGAUGUACAUAGACAUAUUUCUUUUCAAGUAGAGAGACUGAUCCGGUGAAGAUUUCCCGCAACAGACAUGUAGUUGUUGUUGAUAUCAUUGUAUGCUAUGGAGUACAAUUUUAGGGACAUUUUCCGAGAAUCCUGAAUGGUAAGGGGGGUAUAUGUGAUUGACUGAUUGUCAAAAACCUUGAGGGUCAUUUGGUAAUUGUAACAUGGGGGUAGGUGCAGUUAAUCCACUGAAGAAAUAGUUUGUAACAUGGCUGACCAAUCCAGAAGGUAGAUGAGAACUAAUGGACAUCUUUGUUACAAGUUGCAACCAUGUAUACACUAACUCAAAGUUAUUCCAACUUAGCUUGGGCGUAACAGUAAAUGCAAAUAUGCUAUAUUUGUAGUUAAUGCAGAAAUUGCAUUUACUUCUUCAGUUAAAAACCUUUUCUUCUUUGUUGUUGAGCACUAAGGUGAUUAUCUUCCAACACUUGUUGAAAAUCAAUAUUGUAGCAUAUUAAUUUUAUAUACCUAAUAUUAAAAAAGUAUGUAAUUCUUACUUAUAGUAUUGUUGGGAAG